AUGAACCUCGGAGCGUGUCGGUGCACUGUAAAAAUUCAAGUGCACCAUAUAUGUGCGCCAGGGACGAGGCUUGCAGCGAGUGAAUAUGUCUAUCUCGUUGUCGAAAUGUUCAACACGUUGCAGCGGUCUCAGCUGCUUAUUCCAUGCUUUCCUUUGUUAUUCAACGACGAGUUCGUCUUUCAGAAAGUGCUUAUGAGUGAAAAAUGUGAUGAAAAUUUCUUUCGCUACUUGCGAGGUUGUCCAGUUGGUUUUGACUUGCGGGAGUCCAAAAAGUGUGAAUGCGGAGGCAAGCUGCUGGCGUAUUAUGACUGUGACGCCUUUGACCUAUUAUUCAAGAACCGGUGCUAUUGUGAUGAUGUCGGUGUCGAAACUAAGGAGAUUUUUCUAAAAAGAACGGUAGACUUUCCGGGUCCUCCCCUGCGCAUGAAAGUGACGCUUUCGGUCUCUCUCCAGAAAGUCUUUUUGGCUAACUUGAGACAAAAAAACAAGGUACCCUGGUUUGAGAUCUCAAACAAUCUGCCUAAGAUGAACGACUCAGACAAACAGAUGAAAGGAGUCCGCUCUUCACAAAAAUGUCACUGUGUGCCCCCGUCAACGAUUUCCUAUCCUUUGAAAACUGAAGCUCUUCCUUUAUGGGUUUAUCAAAAGCAAAGUUGUUUUGAUUCACAGAAGCUGCCAUCCGAAAUGGACUCGCUAGUAUCUAGACCACUUAACGUGACUGAAGUCAGGCAUAGUUCUGGACCACAUGAGUCGGUAAACUGGAGGAAAUCUACAUAUUAUGCAGCUCCGGAUGCGGCCUGUAAUUGCAGGGAUCUGUGCAAGUGGGCAGAUCGGCAAGAUGAAGUGGUCACACUAAGUUCCUUGCUACACAAACUAUGGCAUUUAUUUCAUCCUCCACUGCAUUUCCGUUGCCCGUGGAAUACGUAUCCCAAUUUGCAUUCCCCUGAUUACGAACCCAAUACACCAAUGGAUACUAACGUGGCAGCUUCUGUUCUAUCGACCGCACACGUGAAAAGUCCGGAGUCGACCUGGUGCCGAUGUGAAGACUGCCAAUACCAAACCAUCGGUGAGACAUUUGAAAUGAAGGAUCGUGUAGAUAACCGAACGGCUCUUACCUUCUUCACACUGACUGAAUUCGUUCAGCCUGGUAGACCAUCCCUACCAGCAGUUCUAUUGUCCGAACUCGUGAUCACUCAUGAAGAAUCUGGUGAUAACCAGGAAGAAGCGAGCAAGGCUUUAUUAUCAAGUACUACUUUUGGGUACAAUUUAGUGUCGGUAUUGGAUUCGAGAGAGCAAGACUCAAGAGACUUACGAACUCUAUGCACUUUAGAUUCUGACUUGUUGGAUAAAUCAUGGUGUCAGAACUUUUGUUUUCGUGAAACUCUAACUGAAAAGAAAGUUUAUAGGCCCAGUGAUAUAAAUCUUCAAAAGCUUCAAGCUGCAUCGGGGCAUCCAGUGGAUUGCCAAUCGAAAUCGUUAAAGAAUUCUGUUUCGAAUGAUAGCAUUUUGACCACCUUGAGUGAAUAUCGCAGCUCAAAUUCUGAGGACUACAUGCCUUUCAAAAGGUUGUCAGACCCAAAGAUCAGUACCAGUUCAUCAAAAUUUUGCUCUUCUAUUCACUCACCGUGUCAGGGUGAAAUAUCUUCGGGAAGAAUAUCAACGCCAUCACCCGGGCCGAAUAAUACGGAAGCAUUGACAGAGUCGAAAGAAACAAACUCUCCGCCAAAUGAAACUCUACAGCAAAAGGUUCUACGAGGUUCGCUGAUAUCGCCACUACGGCGGCAAUCAUCAAAACCACAACAACCCUCAGAAGCGUCACCAACGGAAUCAACAUUUCAACUGUCAUCAAAUCAGUCUGAACUGCUGACAGACUCUAGAGAGAGUUACCCGGGGCCGGGUAUUCAUGGCCAAUCGUACCAAUCAAUAAGUACCAAUACACCAAAGAUUCCCGACAGUUCACUCCCGGAUCCAUCGGAACCAUCCAGAUUUGUAAAAAGUUUGAUCGAUGAAAAUAGAAAAUCUGUUCUACUUGAGAAACAGGAUAACGUAGAGGAACAACCAAGUGUUAUUUCUCCGAUAAAGGAACCUAAUAUUGCUUCCAAAGACCGCAGUCCCUCUUCUUUCGAUGGAUCUUAUCCCUCUAUUAUCUCUGAUUUAAACACUGCUAGUACACCAAGUGUGCAGGUUGGUUUUAGUGGCUUAAUAGUGGCUCAAAAGUCAGGCUCGGAGUCCUCUGUCUCCAAUAUAAGAGAUCAAACUCUAAAUGAGGAGUCUGAGCAUGGCAAAAGUGACUCUUUGCUUACGGAUCUGCAUGAUUCCUCACUUCAGUCUUGUAAUUUUUCACAAUCAUUGAAAAGUCACCAGGGGGACGAAAUCUCCAGCCAGAGAGUGUCGAUGCAUGAGCCAACCUCGGGACAGGUGUUUGUAUCCACGGAAACUGCCCAUUCCUCAUCACCUCCAAGCUUGUCCAGUUCAAAUUUCAAGUCAGUGUACUUAGAACCUGAAGAAUUGAACGAACCAUCACCUUCAAAUGCAGUUGCUCGAUCGGGAAGAAAAUCCCGAGAAAUGACCUCAGAAAUAAGGCCUGAACACCAUUAUCGGACAAAUUACAGUUGUGAGGAAAUGGCAACUGGAGGCUGUGGUUGUCAGCUGCACAAACCAUCGAAUACCAAAACUGAAGAAGGUCACAAGGAGCGUGAAACGUCAAAAGAUGCGUCAACUUUACCUCAUCGCCAUCUUACAGAUGGUCGGAAGAGAACCGCAUAUCAAACAAUCUAUCCGGCUGAUCAUUUGCGGGCGCCCGAAAUUUGCCUCGUCCUUACAGCUGAGCAGCACGCUCAGAAUUUCGAAAAAUCGCCUCCCAUAUAA